AUGAAUUUUGGACAUUUAUUUCGAAAAAGAAGCAAAUCAAAAUCAUCAAAAAAUUCUAAUGAUAAUGAAAAAUUCGAAACAAAUGUUAGAAAUUCAACACAAAUACGAGAAAAAAUACCUGUUGGUGAAGCUAUUCAUUCAGAUGGAGUUUUAAAUAUUUAUCCUGUUGAUACAUCAACUAUUUUAUCUGGUAGUCAAGAUCGAACAUUAGUUUUAUAUGAUUUUAUUAAUCAUCGUAUUCGUCGUCGAUGGACUGGUCAUGAACAUGAUGUUGUGAAAGUUUUAUAUGGACAUAUAGUAAAUUUAUUUGUAAGUGCAUCACGUGAUCGAACUAUACAAUUUUGGAAUAUAAAUUCUGAUUUACCUGUACAAAAAUUACUUGGUCAUGAACUUGUUGUAACAGCUAUUGACUUUAAUCCAGAAAAUUCAAUUUUGGUUAGUGGAAGUCGCGAUAAUAAAAUUAUUUUUUGGGAUACAAAAACUGGUCAAAUAUUAAAAAAAAUUAUGAUCGGACGAAAUUUGAUUACAGAUGCUAAAUGGUCUCAUGAUGGAACAUUUAUAGCACAAACAGGCGAAGAUAAAGAAAACAAAAUGUAUGAUGCUCGAAGUAUGACUCAAGUUGUUAAUGGUUUCAAUGGUAGUGGAGCUGAAAUUUCUUUAUGGGAUAUUCGACAAAGAAAAUUAAUCUCAGAACUUUAUGGUCAUAGAGCUACAGUUAAUAGUGGACAUUUUGUUGAUCAAUCAGCAUCAAUGAUAAUUUCUUGUAGUAAUGAUGGUCGAGCAAUUCUUUGGAAUGUUUCACAAAAUUCAAUUCUUACUGAACUUGAUGUUGAUAAUGCAACAGCACUUACAUCAAUAAUUGCAAUGAAUACACAAAAUUUUGCAACUGGUGGACUUAAUGGUAAAGUUAGUUUUAUUCAACGACUCAAUCGUCAGUUACAAUUGAUUGAUCAAAUAUAA